GGUUGUCACCGCUGGAGACAGUUGGGAGAACCGUUGUGGCGAGCGCUACACGAGGCAAACGACUCCUCCCUUCUCUGAACUGGACCCCGCGAGCACCAGAGUCGGCGUAACUAUCGCCUGACAGGGUAUCUGAAGUAAAAGGGGCAUUUAAAUCAAACGGUAUUGAGAUGGAUUGGGUUAUGAAACAUAAUGGUCCAAAUGACGCUAGUGAUGGGACAGUACGACUUCGUGGACUACCAUUUGGUUGCAGCAAAGAGGAAAUAGUUCAGUUCUUUCAAGGGUUGGAAAUCGUGCCAAAUGGGAUAACAUUGACGAUGGACUACCAGGGGAGAAGCACAGGGGAGGCCUUCGUGCAGUUUGCUUCAAAGGAGAUAGCAGAAAAUGCUCUGGGGAAACACAAGGAAAGAAUAGGGCACAGGUAUAUUGAGAUCUUCAGAAGUAGCAGGAGUGAAAUCAAAGGAUUUUAUGAUCCACCAAGAAGAUUGCUGGGACAGCGACCGGGACCAUAUGAUAGACCAAUAGGAGGAAGAGGGGGUUAUUAUGGAGCUGGGCGUGGAAGUAUGUAUGACAGAAUGCGACGAGGAGGUGAUGGAUAUGAUGGUGGUUAUGGAGGUUUUGAUGACUAUGGUGGCUAUAAUAAUUACGGCUAUGGGAAUGAUGGCUUUGAUGACAGAAUGAGAGAUGGAAGAGGUAUGGGAGGACAUGGCUAUGGUGGAGCUGGUGAUGCCAGUUCAGGUUUUCAUGGUGGUCAUUUUGUACAUAUGAGAGGGUUGCCUUUUCGUGCAACUGAAAAUGACAUUGCUAAUUUCUUUUCACCACUAAAUCCAAUACGAGUUCAUAUUGAUAUUGGAGCUGAUGGCAGAGCCACAGGAGAAGCAGAUGUAGAGUUUGUGACACAUGAAGAUGCAGUAGCUGCCAUGUCUAAAGAUAAAAAUAACAUGCAACAUCGAUAUAUUGAACUCUUCUUGAAUUCUACUCCUGGAGGUGGCUCUGGCAUGGGAGGUUCUGGAAUGGGAGGCUACGGAAGAGAUGGAAUGGAUAAUCAGGGAGGCUAUGGAUCAGUUGGAAGAAUGGGAAUGGGGAACAAUUACAGUGGAGGAUAUGGUACUCCUGAUGGUUUGGGUGGUUAUGGCCGUGGUGGUGGAGGCAGUGGAGGUUACUAUGGGCAAGGCGGCAUGAGUGGAGGUGGAUGGCGUGGGAUGUACUGAAAGCAAAAACACCAACAUACAAGUCUUGACAACAGCAUCUGGUCUACUAGACUUUCUUACAGAUUUAAUUUCUUUUGUAUUUUAAGAACUUUAUAAUGACUGAAGGAAUGUGUUUUCAAAAUAUUAUUUGGUAAAGCAACAGAUUGUGAUGGGAAAAUCUGUUUUCUGUAGGUUUAUUUGUUGCAUACUUUGACUUAAAAAUAAAUUUUUAUAUUCAAACCACUGAUGUUGAUACUUUUUAUAUACUAGUUACUCCUAAAGAUGUGCUGCCUUCAUAAGAUUUGGGUUGAUGUAUUUUACUAUUAGUUCUACAAGAAGUAGUGUGGUGUAAUUUUAGAGGAUAAUGGUUCAUCUCUGCGUAAACUGCAAGUCUUAAGCAGACAUCUGGAAUAGAGCUUGACAAAUAGUGUAACUUUUUUCUUUAGUUCCUCCUGGACAACACUGUAAAUAUAAAGCCUAAAGAUGAAGUGGCUUCAGGAGUAUAAAUUCAGCUAAUUAUUUCUAUAUUAUUAUUUUUCAAAUGUCAUUUAUCAAGCAUAGCUCUGAAACAUUGAUGAUCUAAGAGGUAUUGAUUUCUGAAUAUUCAUAAUUGUGUUACCUGGGUAUGAGAGUGUUGGAAGUUGAAUUCUAGCCCUAGAUUUUGGAGUAAAAUCCCUUGAGCACUUGACCGAAAUACCAAAAAUGUCUCCAAAAAAUCGAUAGUUGCAGGUUAUCGCAAGAUGUCUUUAGACUAGGGUUAAGGUUCUCAGUGACACAAGAAUUCAGUAUUAAAGUACAUAGGUAUUUACUAUGGAGUAUAAUUCUCACAAUUGCAUUUUCAGUUUUCUGCCCAAUAGAGCAUAUGGUUUUUAAAUAACUGUAUAAAUGAUGACUUUAAAAAAAUGUAAACAACAAGUCCAUGUCAUAGUCAAUUAAAACAAUCCUGCAGUUGGGUUUUGUAUCUGAUAUCUGCUUGGAGUUUUAGUUUGAAGAAUCUAUAUGUAGCAAGGAAAAGGUGCUUUUUAAUUUUAAUCCCUUUGAUCAAUAUGGCUUUUUUCCAAAUUGGCUAAUGGAUCAAAAUGAAACCUGUUGAUGUGAAUUCAGUUAUUGAACUUGUUACUUGUUUUUGCCAGAAAUGUUAUUAAUAAAUGUCAAUGUGGGAGAUAA